UUUGACAAGUCGAGUAAACUUGACCGCCGUGCAACAAAGUCGAGUGUUUAUGUAUUCCGGUUGACAACGAUUAGUCAUAAUCGUACGUGACGGCAGCGUCAGCGCCGGUGAAGAACGGUUUUCUCAUUCGAACGUGUAACAUCUCUACAGAAUGGCACUGACGAAUAUUCUGUUGCUCAGCCAAAUAGCGGGCUAUGUUGUGGCCCUGAUCCUGUCGCUCUGCAUCAUCGUCCCUAUGAGCCUGCAUCAAGAUGAAUUUAGAGGACACUGUCUCCUGUUCUCGACCGGGGUUUGGCAAGAAUCCGAUGGGCAGUUUGUCGUCAACUGGGCGUCGCAGAUGUACUGCAAUUACACUAUAUUCGUGGGUCUGGUGCUGCUUGUGGCAUCCGCAGUACAGAUUUACCGGCUGUCUCUGCUUAUGUACCGCAGCGAAGACAGCUCCUUCCUGUCUGCGUUCGUGGAUGUUGUCACCUCAAUCAUCCUCACUACCAUCACUCUGAUUGCAGCGAUUAUAGUAACCUUGGGCUUCAUGACUUGGUGUCAAUGUAUGACCAAGAGAUUUCCAUCGUGCGAACUGGCGGCUGGCAAUGAUAUCGACAAGGCCGAUGGUAUCGAUACAUCUGGUUUCCACAUUGAGCUUGGUGCUGCUCAAUUCGGUACCUGGAGCAGCCUAUCAAUCUGGGUUGGUUUGUCUGUGUUUGCCGUCUUGAAACUGUUACGGUACCAUCAAUUGGAGAAUAUGAAGGUUUCCAUGUACAGAGAGAGGCAAAGAUUGAUAGAAGCCACCACGAGCAAUCAGCAGCAGGAGCCAAGUUAAAACGUAAAGAUUUCAUUCCUCAAAGAUGAAUUUGAUAAUAAGACGUUUGUUAAUUCAUGAAGAGACUGUAUCUCCGGGAACAUAUUCUGCGUGAAUAUUUAUAUCAGCGUUAUAACAAAAUUCUUUAUUUAAAACGCACAGGGAUUACUAGAAGAGAAAGAGAGAAUGAUACUUUGAUAUGUAUCAUGAAUAUUGUUUUGCAAAAAUCAAUGCAUAGCCGAUCAGUUUCACGAAAAGGAUAAUAGUUCAGUGUCUUUUUAUUGGACGAUCAGCAUACGUGUAUAGUGUAACAUUUUUAGAAUGUUAAAUGAUACAAGUUACUUCCGUUUACAACUGAGAAAAAAUGCUUUAAUAAUCUUUACUAGCUAUGUAAUAAUUGGGUCGCUGUUUAAUCAAUUAUCUGUAGGCUUAGACAUAAGAUUUGUAUAUAUUAAUAAUUAUAUAAAAUCAUAAUGUAUAUAUAUAUAUAUAUCAUAAUAUAAAUAUUUCUAUGUAUAACAAACCAAAGUCUAAUGCUAUAGGAAUAUAACAAGUGAUGGAAGUUAAUAAUUUCUUUGAAUAUAUUUUUCUGAUUUUCUAUAACUUAUAUGCGAUAAGAAUAUAAUAGAAUUCAGAUUGUAGUGAGUUUUAUUAUAUUAUAGUGAAAGAAUUUCUUGUUAGUUAUUCUUACAUCUCGUGAGCCUAUUAUUGAGCAUUGUUAUUCAAUAUUAUUUUAAAAGCAUGUCUACAAAUUAUUAUUACAUGGACAAUAAUAUAUCAUGAUUAUCC